CCGGCCCGUGCGGGUCGCGCUAUGGAGCCCACGCCCACCCCAGCGCGCCGGGACGACCGAGGGGCCCAGCUCGUCAAGUCCCGCCCCCCUUCACUUGAGCCGCCUCUUAUUGGCUGCGCCGCACCCGGCCGCCCCGCCCCGCUCGCUUCCCAUUGGCCCAGACGCACCCGGGGAACUCAGGGCGCGCGAAAUCGGGCUCGGGCGCGACAAUUGAAUCUCGGGGCACCCCGCGCGCAGGCGCGGAGCCUGACAUCCUCCCCGGCCGCUCGCCUGGACCUCCCCCACCUGGCGCGCUCGACCCCCCGCCCCGCUCCGCUGGUCCCGGCUGGAGCCGGGUAUGUGCCGGGGAGCGACCCCCGAGCGUUAGGCGGAAGGGGAGGCCUUGGAUCCCGGGACAGUGUGCGGGACCCGCGUCCGCCCGCGCGGGUAGCGCGGGAAAGUUUUGCAAAGUCCCCGAGCCCAGUGUGCCCGGCCCGGGCUGGUACCCCGACCCGGCCCGCCCGCUCACCUCUCCAGUCACCGCGAACCCCUCGUCUGCCUGCGCGCCUGGCCCGGCCGGGGAUGGUGAUGGAGCCGCGUGCGUGGCCCGGACCCUGCGCGGACGUGCGUGCGACUCGAAGUGCCCACUCGGCAAACGCUGCCCGCCGCGCUGCCAGCUGCUCUGAUUUUUUUCCCGCGAAAACUCGGCAUUUGGGAGUUGCGGGGCCGCAGGAGGCCGUGCCGGGGGCGGGCGCCUGCCUCCUGAUUGGCCGGCGCAGUGGCGGGAAGCGAGAAAGAGGGUGGGGGGCGCCCCCGCCUCUGUCCACGGCGCCUCCGCCCAGCGGGCCGCGGCUCCGCCCAGCCCUGCGCGCUCUGCAGGGCGCGCCCAGCGGGCAAAGGGGCUGCGUGGCAGGGCCUGGUCACCCCCCGCACGUGGGCCCCCCUAGGAGCCUUGGGGACCCCCCAGGGUACAGACCUCUCAAGUCCAAGUCCGUUCGCAGCCCCCGCCUCAGGCACGCGUUGACCAGUAGGUCUAAGAAGGCCAGAAUCAAUGUGGAAAUACUGCGAGGGAAUGUGGGGGGCCCCUAGGAGACCACCUGCACCCUGAUGGCUGGCCUGA